AUGGAUCCAAACCAACUCAACUCUUUCUUCAAUUACUUACAAAACUUUCCUCAAAUUCCAAAUACCCAACAAUCUCAAACCUCAAACACUCAAGUUCCAAAUCAAAACAUCACACUACCAAAUACAUUUCAAAAUCCAAAUCCACAAAAUCUUUCUAAUUUCAAUUUUCAAGCUCCUUAUAAUAAUCAAUUUCCUAUAUUCCAACCGCAAAAUCAAAAUUCACAAACACCUCAUUUUCCAUUUUCAUCCAUAUUUAACCCUUCUAUCGGAAAUGUUACUCCAACUUCCUUGCCGUUUCCAACUCAAUUCAGUGCAUCAAGACAUAACUCAUCUGGUGUUGGUGGCUCUUCUAACCCAUCUUCUCAGACUCCUAUACAAUCUAGUCCAAAUUCGCAAUAUUCCGAUUUUGCCAACCCUCGUGGAUUAGAUGCUAUCGACCUCAAUGAUGAUGAUAUUGAAGAUCGGAGGCAAGAUAGUAUUCAACACUGGCAUUGGGAAGAGGAUGAGAUGUUGAUCAGUGCGUGGUUAAAUGUUUCAACUGACCCUGGGGUAGUUGCAUGUAAGAAACGAUGGUAUAAGAUCAACAAGGCUGUUGCACAAUUUGCUGGUUGCUACGAUCAAGCUAGUCGAAACAUAAGGAGUGGUUCGAACGCUGAUGAUAUAAAGGAGUUGGCUUAUAAACUUUAUUCCACAAAUUAUGGUCAAAAGUUCACUUUUGAGAGGCAUUGGAACAUGCUUCGAUUGGAGCAAAAAUGGAGAAGCCAACUACCUACACAAAGUGGCGGCUUAAAGAGAACCAAAGUUAGUGCAAUUGGAGCAUACUCAUCCUCAUCAAACCCAGAAACACUGUUGGCUGACGAACCCGAUGUGGACUCUCCCGUUCGCCCACAAGGAUCAAAGAAAAGCAAGCGAAGAGGUAAGGGAAAAGCACAGAUGUCUGAAGAUUUUAGCGAAAGAAAAUCAUCGGUUGUCAAAAAAUUAUCUCUCAUGGAAGAUAUUAAGAAUGUUAGAGAAAAGGAACUAAUGGAAAGGGAAAAAGAAAGAGAAGAGGAGAAGGAACAUAGAGCAAAGAUGAUGGCAAUCAAAGAGAAGGAGAUACAAAUUCAAGCGGCAAUGAAAGAACAAGAAUUACAAACCCAGAGGUAUAUAAAAGAAAUGGAGAUAAAAGCAAAAGAAAGGGAAAUGGAUAUGCAAAUACUUAAUGCUGACACGUCUACAAUGAGUGAGAAACGACGAGCUCUUCAUGAGAUUGCAUGUGAGAAAAUAAUGGCCAAGUGGUUUACUUAA